AUGGUGCUCCAACCCGCCCAGAGCUCAAUGCGGCUCCUACGAACAUACACGCAGGUCCCAAGAUUGACAAGAUGUCUGUCGCAGACGCCACGGCGACGACUAGGCGAGCCCGACCCUCGAGCUAUCCCGGACGUCCACGCUAUGCAGAUGACCGAAGAUCAAGCCUCGAUGGUCGAGGUGGACCAUAAACCCGAAUCCUCCGUCGAGAAAUAUCAUCCAGAUCACCAACCGGACUACACGGCGAUGGUCGACCACGGAACCUCCACAUACUCACCGGUGCCGAGGAGAGUGAUGAAUGGGAGCGAACCCGGGCACGUCACGCCUGCGGCGGUCUUGUCUGGAGCUCCCGUGGAUCUCCAGGCUCGCACAGUCAGGAUCUACAAACCCGUCAAACCCGCAACCCAAUCCGGCACCUGGGGCUCGCACGCCUGGCGAAUGGACUGGGACGUUCUUGGAAAAGGCCACCGCUGGGAGAACCCGCUGAUGGGCUGGCAGUCGUCGGGCGACUUCAUGCAAGGCACCAAAGUGAACUUCAAGACGAAAGAGGAUGCGAUUGCUUUUGCGGAGAAACAAGGGUAUGAAUGGUACGUGCAGGAGCCGCAAGAGAGGCGGUUCGUGCCCAAGGCGUACGCGAACAAUUUCUUGCACGAGUCCGGUUCGAGGUUGAAGCAUAUUAAGACGAAAUAA